CAUGUCGGUCGAGGCUCACAGAUUACGAGUGGAUUGAAGACCCCAUAAGUCAAUUUCUUCGAUCUUACCCGUACGGGCACAAUCAUCGCUAUCUCCAGAAUUUUCGUCGUGUUUAUCAAUCUGGCGUCGUGUUCGUCGCGCGAAGGUCGUUACCGAGGUGACCCGUUAAGAAAGGUAGCUUCUUUUUCCCACCCAUGAGAAAACCCUAAUCUGACAAGUUACCGUUUUUAUAGCUGAGUUCGGGUUUGAUACGCUUUGUGGUACUUAAUUAUAUGUGGGUUAGUCCAUGGCAACUUCUAAAGGGAGAGUUUCGUAUUCUUCGUUGUCUAAGAUAGACAAAAAGGAGAACGAUGGGUUUACAUAUGAUGAUGAAUAUUCUGAUUCUGGGUGGAUUGUUUCGGAGGGGGGAAAUGUCGGUCUGACGGCCUCGAAAGACUCCAAACGGGAUGGACUAUACCCGUUUAUUCCUGGAUCGGAAGAUGGUUAUGAAGAGGAAUGUGAUUCUGGUGAUGAAGUGAGUAACCCGACUCAGGCUCAUGCUCCACCGGAGGUGAACUUGAAAAAUGUGGUGGCCGGUAUAAUUGCAAUUUUGACUGGGUCUAAUAAAGGUCCAAGUCUUCCUUCAGGGCAGCAAUUGUCGAGCUCCAAUGUCUCAUUCUUGGGGUCGAGUAAAAAUGGAGAUACAUACUUGCACUCCUCGGUUUACAUCCCAAGUGCUCCACCACUACUUGAAUUUGAUGGAAAGAGUCACAGUGCAUAUAAAGAUGUGUUGGAAGCGGAACCUCCUGACUGGCUUCCUGAUAGUUCUACGACUGUUUGCAUGCAGUGCACUGCUCCUUUCACAGCGCUUACUAGAGGACGGCAUCAUUGUCGGUUCUGUGGUGGGAUUUUCUGCCGUUUAUGUACCAAGGGAAGGUGCUUGUUGCCCGUCAAGUUCAGGGAGCGGAAUCCACAGAGAGUUUGUGAUGCAUGCUAUGACAGGCUCGACCCAUUGCAGGGAAUCCUUAUUCACUCCAUUAGCAAUGCAGUCCAAGUAGCUAAGCAUGACGUCGUGGAUUGGACCUGCAUGAGAGGAUGGCUGAAUCUUCCUGUUGGUUUGAAAAUGGAGCAUGAAAUAUACAAAGCUUCUAAUACAUUAAGAAGUUACUGUCAGGUUGCUCUUUCAAACCCAGAGAAGUCCAUACCCUUGGCAGUUUUACAAGGUGCAAAAGGCCUGGCCAUAGUGACUGUAGCUAAAGCUGGUGUGCUGGUUACAUAUAAAAUUGGCACUGGUUUGGUCGUUGCUCGAAGAGUGGAUGGAACUUGGUCUGCCCCAUCGGCAAUACUCUCUGUUGGUUUAGGAUGGGGUGCUCAGAUUGGGGGCGAGCUCAUGGAUUUCAUCAUUGUACUCCAUGAUUACAAGGCUGUGAAGACAUUUUGUAGUCGCAUGCACUUUUCUCUCGGUGCCGGUUGCAGCGCUGCAGCAGGUCCUGUAGGGAGAGUGUUGGAAGCAGAUCUUCGAGCUGGUGAAAGGGGUUCUGGCAUGUGUUACACAUACAGUUGCAGUAAAGGUGCAUUUGUGGGAGUGUCACUGGAGGGUAACAUGGUCGCCACGAGGAUGGAUGCUAAUCUGCGCUUUUACGGCGAUCCGUAUCUCACCACAUCCGAUAUACUGCUUGGGACGGUGGAUAGACCGAAGGCUGGCGAGCCUUUAUAUGCUGCGCUGGAAGAUCUUUUCUCAACAAUCCGUGGUCCUGCUGCACAUAGAUCAUUGCCCUAUACUCACAUGUAUGCAUGAUCGCCGAUUCUGCUCUAUCUUUUUCCUCUACAAGUAGGUGGCCACUGUAAAUACAAAGUUGAAGACCUGUAAAUAACAAUGAUGGGGUACAGUUUAGUACGACGACAUGAAUGAAUAAAUGAACUGUGGAGGUCUCAGUGUCAAGAAGGCCUUUUAUUCUUUUCCAUGUUUAAGAUUGUUUUAUGCACUGUAAAACUAGCAGCAAUUAAGAUUGUUUUCCAAGUUUAAGAUUGUUUUAUGCCU